AGUAGUGUCGUAACUCCCAGAGUCCCCGUGAAAAAGAGUUUGGCCAGGGCCAGAGUUGCUGCAAGGGGGGGCUUGCUUUGCUUAUAGCUUAGUCUUUUCCAAGGGGGGUCUAUCUAUUGCCUUUUCCCCCCUCCCUCACCACCUUUUUUAAUUUUCCCUUUUUCUAUUUUCUUUUUCUUUUUGCAGCCUCGCUUAAGGAUCUUUGGGAUUUAUUUCUCUGUCCACCCCCCUCCACCCUUGCUCCUGUCAGAUCAUGAACAAACUAUAUGUUGGGAAUCUAAGUCCUUCGGUCACUGUGGAGGACUUGCAGCAGCUCUUCGGGGAAAGGAAGCUGCCCGCGGCCGAGCAGGUCCUCGUUAAAUCCGGCUAUGCCUUUGUGGACUUCCCCGACCAGAACGCGGCCGUAAAGGCUAUCGAGAUUCUCUCGGGGAAAGUGGAAUUGUACGGCAAGGUGAUAGAGGUGGACUACUCUGUUCCCAAGAAGCUUAGGAGUAGGAAGAUUCAGAUCCGGAAUAUUCCUCCUCAUUUCCAGUGGGAGGAUUUCGACGGUCUGCUGGCUCGAUAUGGUACUGUAGAAAAUGUGGAACAAGUCAACACUGACACAGAAACAGCCGUGGUGAAUGUUACGUACGCAACCAAGGAGGAAGCUAAAGAAGCCAUUGAGAAGUUGACAGACCAGCAGUGCGACGACUUCUCCUUGAGGGUGUCGUACAUCAUGGAUUUGGACGCCGCUCCGCCGGCGCAGGCCGCCCGAGGUCGACGCGGCGGCCGGUUGUCACGAGACCAGGACACCCCUCAGCCCGGACCUUCGGGAGGCUUUGGCGCACCGCGGACCCGACAACAGCAGGAUUUCCCUUUGCGCAUGCUCGUGCCUACUCAGUUUGUAGGCGCCAUCAUCGGCAAGGAGGGACUCACCAUCAAGAACGUCACCAAGCAGACGCAGUCCAAAGUUGACAUCCAUCGGAAGGAGAACGCAGGCGCGGCCGAGAAACCCAUCACCAUCCACUCAUCGCCGGAGGGCUGCUCCUCGGCCUGCCGCAUGAUCCUGGACAUCAUGCAGAAGGAGGCCAACGAGACCAAGACGCCGGAGGAGAUUCCUCUGAAACUGCUGGCCCACAACAGCCUGGUGGGCCGCCUCAUUGGGAAGGAGGGCCGCAACCUGAAGAAGAUCGAGGAGGAGACAGGGACCAAGAUAACCAUCUCCUCGUUACAAGACUUAACCAUUUACAACCCAGAAAGGACCAUCACGGUGAAGGGUAUCUUGGAAGCGCUUUGUAAAGCCGAGGCGGAAAUCAUGAAGAAACUGAGGGAGGCGUAUGAGAACGACAUCGCUGCUAUAAAUCAACAGGCCAACCUUAUCCCGGGCUUGAACCUCAACGCUCUGGGCAUCUUCUCCUCUGGUAUGCCGGUGCUGCCCCCAGCUCCUGGACCUCGCGGCUCUGCCAACUCUGUGGCACAGGCAGGAUACAACCCAUUCUUAAGUCACUCUUCACAUCUCAGUGGCCUGUACGGGGUUCCUCCAGCAAGUGCCAUCCCCCACCAGCACUCAGCUCCAGAACAGGAGGUUGUCUACCUCUUUAUUCCAACUCAGGCAGUAGGAGCUCUCAUUGGCAAGAAGGGCCAGCAUAUUAAGCAGCUCGCCCACUUUGCUGGAGCUUCCAUCAAGAUCGCCCCAGCUGAGAGUCCCGAUGUCACCGAGAGAAUGGUGAUCAUUACCGGCACGCCAGAGGCUCAAUUUAAGGCCCAAGGUCGGAUAUUUGGCAAGCUGAAAGAGGAGAACUUCUUCUCGGGGAAGGAGGAAGUCAAACUGGAGACGCACAUCAAGGUUCCUUCUACUGCAGCCGGAAGGGUCAUCGGGAAAGGUGGCAAGACGGUGAAUGAGCUUCAAAAUCUUACAAGCGCUGAGGUCAUCGUACCGCGGGACCAAACUCCAGAUGAGAACGAUGAAGUGUUUGUGAAGAUCAGUGGGCAUUUCUUUGCCAGUCAGACUGCACAGAGGAAGAUCCGGGAGAUCAUUCAGCAGGUCAAACAGCAGGAACACAAACACCAGCGAGGCGCCGCCAGUUCACCGCAACACUCCAAGUAACCGGCGGGCGCCGACCAAUGAAUGUAGCCCUCCCCAAAAUGGACCUCUAGUCAGACAACGGCCGCGGCCCGCGAGGGAACGCGCAGGGCAGACCAGCAGCGGCGGGAUCAAAAAAAGAUAACCAAAGAACUUCAUCGAGGAGGGGAAGCGAGCGAGAGCCAAAGGCGGUGAGCGACGUUCACAUGCACUGCCAGCCCUGCGACGCAGCAGGAUACUAAUAUUGCGAGAACAGCUAAACAACAACACGAAAAGCGGAGAAGCGUCGUCGUCACGAGGUAAAACAGGAACUAGCACGUCACUCUGCGUAUUUGUUCUCUUUAGUUGGAUUAACAUAAUGUAGGCCUAACACGGAUAAAGCGACUGUAUUAACGACACAAUUAAAAUGAGAUGGAGAUGAACUAUCCUUAGCAGUAUUAACACAGGGUAGACGACUUUAUUGACAUUUACAAGAGCAACCACACUGAGCAGUUCCCCUACUUUGGAAGAAAAAAAAAAAAUCAAAAAGUACUAGCCCCAUUUGGAAAUAUGGUGAAUGUUUUUUUGCAACAAGCCUCUGUGUGUGAAUGUGUGUGUGUGCCAAUGCUUCUCAUCAAUCUUUUUUCUCUUUUUUUAAUCACUCUCUCAUCAGUCAAAUUUGGUAUUGUAGGAGGAUAAAAAAUACGUGAACGUGUGAAAUUCCCCCUCGUCUGUUAUAUAGUACAUAUAUGCAUUUCAAUGAACUGGAAUUUCAGUCGUUACACUAGUUGAAAUCAAAAAGUGAAGCUUGGAUAUCAUAAUUUGAAAAUUUUAAAGGGCCAAUUUUUUUACCUAAUUCUGAAUUAUUUCUUAUAUAAUGUAGUUUCUUGAGAUAGAGCUGACUGUAAGCUAUUGUGGAAAUGAUAAAAAAUUAAAUCAUGAAAUAUUUUACUCUGUGUAAGUAUCUAUAUUGCAGACAAGUUUCACUCUUUGAAUUGAACUACUAAACUGAUGCUUUCAUCGAUAUUCUCAUUCAUUGAGAUGCACCUAUAUGCGCUUGGCUUAAAUAAUGGUCCUAUUGAUAAAUGGUCCUAUUGAUAAAUACUGCUACCACUUUUAAAGAGCAGAACAAACAAAUGGACUUAACUACUGUUAGUCUUAGUACUCAGUAGAACCUUUUUGCGUGACGUCACUUCCGCUACUCGUGUUCUCUAAUGGAACGAGACAUGGAUACCAAAAAUAGUUAUCUGAAUUAUACUUUAUUUUCCCUUGAUUGGCUAUGGGCAAAAUAAAUAUAAUCUCUGAAUAAAAGUAUUAAAAAAAAAUCCAUGCCAGUGGGGAAUUGAAUGAACAUGUUGCUGAGGAAUGUGUUUAAAUGGAACUCAAAUUCCCAUACCAACGUCACGCGCAUCUUUGGAAUGUAGAGCCUCAAAAGUUGUGAAUCUGUUGCAAAUUAUUAACAAAAUACACAUUAAAAAUAAUGGAAAGUGGUAUACAUUUAUUCCACAAUCUUUAAAACUUUAAAGUCCCUGUUAAGUAAAAAUAAAAAUGUCUAAAUCUGACACACCAGAGAAAUGCGUUCUUAUUAACCCUGCUAAAUUUGAAUAAUUAAAAAUCAAAUUGCAAAGUAUUCAAAAUAAAGCUUCUGCUCUUCUGCUCAACUCUAAAACAACAAGCAUUACAUUCCUUGCAUUACAUUAUUUGAAAUGUGGACGUUUGGUGUCCUAUUCCAUUUGCAAAUACAAGUAGCGGAAAGUGAAGCCAUGUGACGUCACGGCGAAAAGCGUCCACGGUUUUGAAUGUGCGCACACUCGGCCUUAAGGGGGCGUUACGUGAGGAUGGCUGUGUGUUUUUGCAUGGAGGCAAAUGUGAAGGCAGGGGUGGCACUUUGAUGCUGCCCCUCAGUGGCACAACGUAAGCGGGCUGGUGUUACCCUCUCUCAGGGUCCGGGGAACUUUGUUAAAAAAAAAAAGGGGGAGCGUGACAACUGUGAAUGUAUCAAACGCAGCCUUUUUUUUUUAACUUUAAUUCCAAAAGACAACAAAGCUGCCCUUGCCUUGUUCAGCUGGCCAGACACCGUGACCUUGAAUUUAAUUUCCUAUGCUGGCCGCGCGGGUCCGUCUAAAGCCUUAUUUUAUCACUCUUCAUCGCAAAAGCUAUUGCCACACUUUCCUCUGUGUGCGUGUGCGCGUGUGUGUGUAAAUAUAUAAAUAUAUAAAAAGAGAGAGCAAUAUUUAUGAAUCUAUUUUUUUUCCUAUUUUGUGAUGAGAGCUAUUGAUUAUGAAUCAGAAGAAAAUGAAAAGUCCUUUUUCUUUUUGCCCUCACUGGGACACUGCCAUUUUGUUUUGAAGGGAAGCGUUUAUUUUCUUGAAAAUGAAUAUAAAGAGAAAAAAAAAUGAAGAAAAAAAUAUGGGAGAACAGUAAAAGUGAACCACCGCAGGAUGUAAACAGUGCGCAUGUCAGUAUUGUGAUCUACCUCAGGCUUCAGGGUACCCCAGUCCAAUCUUUCAUUUCCCCUCACCAAACCCCCUCCCCCCCUUUUUGGGACAUUUUGUAUGCCUUGUUAACUGAUCCUUUUUGAUCCCUUUUCUUUUUUUAAUGAAUUUACAAAACAAAGAAAAAAACGAAAAACAAGAUGAGUAGUCUAUGCCACGUGACCUCUUUGCUGAGACGUGAGUUUCAAAACGGUAAAUCGAAAAGUAGGAUGGAACGGGGUUGUAGGUCCGAACGGCGUCGCUAAAACGACGAAAGAAAGCAAAAGCAAAUCCGCCGAUAGGAACUAACCAAGUGUACCUCCUAAACAUGAAACAAAACAGUGUGGGGAAUUGGUGAUGGGUUGAUUAUGCUUCUUGUACCUUUGGAAACCUUGUUAAUCUCUAACCAGCCAUUGCAAUUUGCCUCUGGUUUGGAAAAUCACAUUUUAUUCUUUUACUGAACUGAAUUUAAAAGAAUGUAACAGACUUUCCAAAAGUGAACAAAGCAUUGUUACAACAUGACAAAUUCAUUUUCCUUAAUGUUUUGUUUCAUCUUUUUUCCCCCUAACUGUACCUCCAGGGGGAAACAAAAUCAUCUGUGAAAAAGAAAUGUUAGAACACACCAACUGUCUAAUUCUCUGUUGGUUGAUAGUGAUUUUUAUUUCUCUUUUUUUUUUUUUAAACACAAAAAGAUACACAGAGCUGCAAAAAUACACUGACUCUUAAAUAUAGUGUACAAAAAAAAAUCAUGUAGAUUGUAGAACUUAUAGCUGGUGACACUAGUGGAUGUGAGACGAUAGAAUUGUUCAAACGUGUACAAGAGCGUCUCACGUAAACGCAUAUCCUGUUUCCUGUUGUGACCUGAGCGUCACCGCCGUUUGCCCUAAUCCUUUUUUUUUUUUCUUGCUGUGUACAUUUGAAAAUUACCUCUCUGAAUCAAAGGCUGACGUUUAUUUUUUUAAGUUCCUCCAGCGGUCGUGGGGCAGUCGGCGGCCAUCACGGCGUCCCGGUGAACACACACACACACAUAGCUGUGACCUCACACAAUGCCUCGCUGCUUCCUUCUCCCGAUCGUAGCUGGCGAAUGUAGCGUUCCCAACAGGGGGCGCUCCGCUAGUUGACCUCUUUUUGUCUUUUCGACUUUGCAGAGGACCGUCUGUCUGUCUGCCAUCUGUCUUUGGGGCUCUUUUAAGUGCGGCGUUCCCGCUCCAAGGUUGGACGCUCAUCCUUUAGCCAGGAUUAUGCCGUUUUCUAAAAUUUUUGGGGUUGUUGCUAGACUUUUAAUAUUCAAAACCACACUUAACACACAUCACUGAGGGUGGAUUAGUAGCGAUGUUUAGUCAUAUCACAAUGGUGGUUGGAUAGUAGUCUUUUCCUUCUAGGUUUAUUUUGUCUCUCGUCGAUCCGGUUUUCUCGUCACCGACACUGUUCUGAUGAUGAUUCUUAAAGUUUCAUUUGGGUUAGACUGCUGCCUCUUGGCUGUACCACCGUGGCUUCAAAUAGGCAAGUCGACGUUAAAGUCAAAAUCGGCAGUCCGUUGAGCGCUGACCUCCGCCAAGGUCAAAACAAUACUUGUUGGGAUUUAUUAAGACAUGUCCAAGUAUGCAUUUUUGCUUCUGUAAAGAAUUGGACUGUGUUUUGCUACAUUUGAAAUGUUAGGGCCAUCUCAAAGGAGGAACGUAACACUAUGAGAAUUUUAGAUUUGAAGGAAUAAAGUAAAAUUAAAUUCUGAGAAUAAAGUAAGAAAACCAAAAUUGUAUGAUUAAAAAUAAAUAAAUAAUUCCAAAUCCCCUUUCAUUUGUAUGGAGAGAGAUGAUUUGAGAUAUGAGUGUUUUGAAUUGUGGUCAUGAAAUCAAUUCAACUCAGUCAAGGCACGGCUUUGUUGGUGUUUCUUUUUACCGUCUUGCUAGUUGUAAUUCUUUUUCUUCUGCGUGGCCUCAAUGGCGUCGUUGUCUCUGUGUAAUGCUUUUAACGAAACAAAACCCACAUGAACUUCCUUGGCGGAGGUCGUGUAGAAAUAAAAGUAGAUUGACAAGAGGAUUCACGUGUGUAAGAAUAGAACAUAGGACACGGUAGGGCAGAGCGCAUUUGGAUGACUUCAACUGCAGCAGUUUUUUGUUCAAUGACGUUUGGAUGCCAGACGCUUCAUAUAGCACUAAACUUUUACUAGUGGUUUUACACAUCUCGCCAUUUGGGAGAUUCCUCGUGUGUGAGUGUGUGUGUCCAACAAGUGAAACCCCUCCAAUGUCCCCCAGGCAGUCUCUAACAUGUCAAUAGGUCACUGAUGAUGUGCGCCGGACUGACAUGGGGUCCGCGUUUUGACGCUUUUUAUGGCGGACCUGUGCCUUUCUGGUCCCCGAGCGUACUGUUGUUUUGACUUGUGAGUGAACUGUAUUGCUGAGCAAAUCUGGAUCUGAGCAAUAAACACCAUUUGAAAGAUG